AUGGCCACUGCUGCCUCCAACAAGAACCACCCCAGCGCCAAGGCGCCCGCGAAGACCGUCCUCAAUCUCGGCAACCUGCCUCCCAGGCAGAAGCCUAACGAGAUGAGGGCGGAGCGCGCUCAAUUCCCUAGGACCCCCACUAAGGUCAACCCUAACCAGCCCCCUUGGCCCGCUUACCGUGGCUACCACGAGUACUCGUUCGCCCACGCUACCAUGGGUGUCCGUCUCCCCACCAUUCUCGCCAAGGCCAUCAACGACGUCUACGAGACGCUGAACCAGAUCUAUGAGAAGGAGAAGAUUGUCGAUCUCCUCGACUGUGUCCACAAGAUGGAGCACCUCAAGGAGGACCUUGAGGAGAACCGACAGCUCCGUCCCAUCAUUGACGACGGCGCCGGAGACGUUACCCUCUGGAACAAGGAGAUCGCCAAGUACUUCCGCGGCAAGGACUUCAUGAACGCUCCCUGGCUCUUCGCCGAGGCGUACAAGUACCGUCGUCUCAGGGAGUGCUUCUCGCUCUCGCGCUACUGGGUUGACUACGAUGUCUUCUUCCGCCAGAAGUGCGACACCUUUGCCCGUUCAGACUCGGCCGUAUUCGAGCUCGCGAUGCGUUUCGCGGAGCCCACCAAGGACCUGACGCCGGAGAAGAACAAGCUCAUGUUCCUCGAGCUUGCUUAG